CUCAUUCCUUCCCUCGCUCCUCUCCUCUUCUCCCUCCUUCCUUCCCUCACUCCUCUCCUCUUCUUUUCUCCUCCCCCCAGCUAGGAGAGGGUGAAUCUGGGACUCCCAUUGAGCAGACAGACAGAAGAACAGCUAGAGGUCCCAUCCAUCACUCUCUGUCUGUCUGUCCCUGUCUCUCUCUCUCACGUCUCUCUGUUUUGAGAAGAGGAUCUUGCCUCCGCCCAGACCCAGGGAUAGGAACCAGGGGUCCAGGCCAAGAGGGAGUCACUGUGUUACUGGAACCCAGCCAGAGAGACUCUGUCUCCUGCUACGGCCAGAAGGAUUCCUGCUACAUGGGUAAACACUUGGAACAGCAACAGAUGUACCCCCAAUACAUCUACUAUUACCCCCACUACCUCCAGACUAAGCAGUCCUAUGCCCCUCCCCCUUCCACCAUGGUCCCUCCCAGUCCCAGCCCUAACAACGGUCACCACAGAGGAGGAGGAGGAGGCUGUAGUAUGGAGCAGCUCAGUCAAACUAACCUGUACAUCAGAGGACUGCCCUCUGGGACCAGUGACCAGGACCUCAUCAAACUAUGUCAACCAUAUGGGAAAAUAGUGUCAACCAAGGCCAUACUGGACAAGAACACUAAUCAAUGCAAAGGAUAUGGCUUUGUGGACUUCGACACCCAGACAGCAGCCCAGAAAGCUGUAGCCUCUCUAAAGGCCAGCGGAGUCCAGGCACAGAUGGCCAAGCAACAGGAACAGGAUCCCACUAACCUGUACGUUUCCAACCUGCCUGUGUCCAUGGAUGAGCAGGAGCUGGAGAACAUGCUGAAACCGUUCGGUCACGUCAUCUCAACACGGGUACUACGGGACGCCACCGGGGUCAGCAGAGGAGUCGGCUUCGCCAGGAUGGAGUCAACAGAGAAGUGUGAUGUGGUGAUUCAACAUUUCAAUGGAAAGUUCCUGAAGACUCCUCCAGGCGUACCAGCUCCUGUAGAACCCCUACUCUGUAAGUUUGCAGAUGGAGGACAGAAGAAGAGGCUGAACCAGAACAAGUACCCCCAAAACGGACAACCAUGGACCAGAGAUGGAGAGAGUGGCAUGACGUUGACAUAUGACCCCACUGCAAUGCAUAAUGGGUUCUACUCCUCUCCAUACAUCUCCACCAAUAGGAUGAUAGCGCAGACAUCCAUCACUCCCUUCGUCGCUGCCUCACCCGUCUCCACGUACCAGGUCCAGAAUACAUCCUGGAUGCCUCAUCAACAGUAUGUUAUGCAACCUACCGGUGCUGUGAUAACCCCAGCUAUGGACCUCUCCAUGCCCAUGCAGCCCUCCAGUAUGAUGGGUCCUAUAACACAGCAGAUUAACCACAUGUCCCUGGGAAACACAGGAACCCAGUACAUGUCUGCAGCAGCUGCUCCAAUGCAAGGAGCCUACAUUCCUCAGUACCCUGCAGUGCCUGACUCCGCCCUCACAGUGGACGCAGUGGUGACAGAGGACUCGCCCCAGACUGUACCCCCCUCCUCACAGGACCCUAACGGACAGCCACCCCUGGACAGCGACUCACCUGCCUACUCCUACCAACAGACUAAAUAACAGGAGGAUGCCGAGUGAUUUGUGUUUCCGCUAACUGCAUUGCCUUGAGACAGCGGCUGCACUGAAGCACUGGAGGGAUGGAGGGAGGAAAAAUACUGGAUGACAAAAAGGAGGACAAAGAGAGACCGUUUUAUCUUUGCACAGGCAUCAAAAAAAGACUUUGUUUUAUCUGUCCUGAGAGAGAGAGAGAGAGAGAGAGAGAGAGAGAGACAGAGAGAGAGAGAGAGAGAGAGAGAGAGAGAGAGAGAGAGAGAGAGAGAGAGAGAGAGAGAGAG